AUGGCCGAGACGCAAGGCGAAUCCGGGAGUUCUCCGCUCGAAGUGGCCAUCAUAGGUGGUGGAAUGACGGGUUUAGCGCUUGCAGUUGGCCUGCUCAAGCGGGACGUAAACUUCACUCUCUAUGAACGCGCCAACAACUUUGGUGAGCUUGGUGUUGGCAUUCAUUUUACUCCCAACGCCGAGCGUGCAAUGGCGGCCCUCGACCCCCGGGUUUUACAAAGCUACGUGGAAAUAGCAACUCAUGCUGAGGGCGGCUUCUUAACUUUCGUUGACGGAUUUCACGAGGAGAAAGGGGCGGACCCCGUGACAUCCACGGAAGAGACAAUGUUUCAGCUUCACGUUGGGGACGGUUACAAAGCCUGUCGUCGGUGUGAUUUCGUUGAUCAGCUUGUCAAACAUAUCUCGCCGGAAAAGGUUCGUUAUCAGAAAUGGUUACAGUCUAUCGAUGUUGAAGAGGGCAGAUCUAUUUUGACAUUCAGGGACGGUUCCAAAGCUCAGGCAGAUAUUGUGGUCGGAUGCGAUGGGAUUCGAUCUAAAGUCCGUGAAGCAAUGUUUGGCUCUGCCAAUUCCAGUCCCAAAGCACAAUACUCACAUCAGCUUGGAUUUCGCGGUCUGGUCCCCAUGGAUAAAGCCUUAGCUGCCGUAGGCCCCAGCAAGACGUCAAACGCGCUUGGCCAUCUCGGACCGGGAGGGUUUGUCUUGACCAUUCCGCUCUCUGGAGUGAACGCGAUGCAUGUCGAGGCAUUUGUAAUGGAUUCACAGCCCUGGCCGGAGAUCAAAACGGAAAACGAUACUCAGAGAUACGUCUUACCAGCGACAAGAGACGAAGUAGUUGCUGCCUUCAAGGAUUUUGGUCCUACAGUUCAAACAUAUGUGUCAUUACUCCCCGAAAAACUGGAUAAAUGGGCGGUUUUCGACAUGCUUGAUGCCCCAGCACCAUCAUUCUCCAAGGGUCGGAUGUGCCUCGCCGGGGACGCGGCACAUGCAUCUACACCAAAUCAGGGAGCCGGUGCCGGUGCUGGAAUGGAAGAUGCCCUGGUACUUGCAGAGGUACUGGCAGCUGUGGCAAAUCUGCCGCACGUGGAUGAGGGUGCCGUUAACGCGGCUUUAGGGGUAUACAGUGAGAUGCGUCACGAACGAUGUCAGUGGCUUGUGGCUAGCAGCAGGAGGGUGGCAGAGCUCUUCACAUGGAAGGAUCCGCAAUAUGGUCACAACAAAGACAAGAUCAGGUGUGAAAUAGAAGAACGGAGCCAUGUUUUAUGGGAUUAUGAUACAGACGGUAUGGUCAAGGAGACAAUAGCCAAGUUUGAAACCAAACUUAAACGUAUGUAG